AUGGCUUUCUUCUUGAUUUUUAAAUUUUGGUUACAGAAAGGACAGAUUGAUAUGAUAAAUUCAGAUCAUUCACCAACUGAGCCAGAACUUAAACUCCUUGAUGAUGGUGACUUGUUGAGAGCUUGGGGUGGUAUAUCAUCUAUGCAGUUUGUUCUUCCUGUAACUUGGUCAUAUGGGCAAAAAUAUGGAGUAACUUCAGAGCAGUUGGCUUCAUGGUGGACUGAGAGGCCUGCCAAGCUUGCUGGACAACAUUCAAAGGGAGCCAUUGCGAUUGGAAACCAUGCGGACAUUGUUGUUUGGGAACUUGAAAUGGAGUAUGACCUCAACCAUGACCAUCCUAUAUACAUUAAACAUCCUCAAAUCUCUGCCUAUCUCGGAAGAAGACUCUCUGGAAAAGUAUUGGGCACAUUUGUUAGAGGAAAUCUUGUGUACAAAGAAGGAAGACAUGCUCCCCCCGCCUGUGGCAAGCCAAUCCUUGCCACAUCCACAUGAACUUAUGAGUAAUUUCCGUUGCUUGAUCUGCCAUUAUUCUUGUUUGUACUGUUGUACAGUCCCUUCAGAACUUCUCCAGGUUUCAAAUCCAAACUUCUCAUCGAGGUUUCCUGCCGAUCACGAUCAUCCUUUGCUAUAAAACUAAUAAAAGGAAUGGAGGUUGAAUGAUACAAUGAAAAUUGAAUAUGGAAAAUAAACCUCGUAUGAAGAUUGUGCAGUGCUUGAAAUUGUCAAUGGAGCAGGCGGACGAGUCAUAAAUCACCUGUAAAUUCUGCUUUGAUUUGUGGAGCAUAUGUGGAACUUGGUGUAAUAAUUUCCAUUCUCUGUACUAUGCAAACCUUUAUCAGGUUUGUAGAUUUCUUUUAUGAGUUCCUAUUAAGAGGCCUCUUAUGACCCCUGGGUGCAAGCAUCCAAAAAUACUAUGGAUCUCGUGGAAUGAGAGUAGAAGAAGCAGCACCUGGCUAAGGCUAUCUCUGCUACAGGCUCACUUUCAGUUCUCUUUGUUGCACAUGAUAUGGGCACAGGGGUUGCUGAAGAAUCGGCACUGGAGGUGCUGAAAAAUCAUCAAUCAAUGCGCGGCUAUGACUAUGAAAACGAAAGCUUGCUUAAAUUGGCCAAUGGCCAUAGUUUGUAUAUUGGUUUGCAUGCUUUUAGUUUUAGUCAGAGAUGAAUUGCAAUAUUUGGUUACAUUUAAUCAUUAACGAAUUUCAUUGCU